AUGACUCGAUACGCAAGAUACAAAGGCAAUAGUCAUCGGCAUGAGCACAAAGGAACAGACUGGAACGAUAUGAAUUUGAGCAAAAUGAAGGCUAAGCUUGAAGAAGAAGCAAAAGCAGCUCACAAGAUUGAACGAUCCGAAAAUCGUCGCCUAAAACGACAAGAAAACAAGAAAAACAAAAUGGUCUGCUUUAAUUGUCGGAGACCAGGACACGGCGUCGAGGACUGCCCCGAGAAAACAGAAGGCAUGGGAAAGAAACUAAAAGACAGAGUGUGCUUUAUUUGCGGAGAAAAGGACCACAGAGCGCUCAAUUGUCCGUCGAAUCCAAGAGGACUUUAUCCAGAGGGUGGAAGUUGCAAAUUUUGUGGAGACGUUACACACUACUACCAUGCUUGUCCGAAGCGAUUAGGGAAAGAGGAUAAUCCAGAGACGGGAGAAGUCGCGACGACUUUCAACCCGAUGGAGAACACCGAAGCACUCGUCAUAAAAGAACGCAAAAAAGAAUCUGACAUGUGUGUGUUAAGAAUGGAGGGUCCUGUUGUGAAGCACACAAAGGCGAGAUUCCGAUCAUAUGCUUCCGUGCAGCAGGCGUUGAGACAAGCAGGAAAAGCGUGGAGCCAGUACGAGUGGACUGACCCACCAGGAACUCAAUAUCCAACAAGAGAGAGUCAAGAAGCGGAUGAGUGCGUCUUCAUGCAGCAAGGAAACAUGAUAUUUACAAACAUGGUUACUGGCGAUAGAUAUAACGUGGAAGCAGGGGACCGCUUAUUCUUACCAAGGGGAACGCUUUAUUCAACCAUGACUCAUCAGGGGGCGUCCUACUACUGGUGUAGCAAGAAAGUCGAGCCAAAAGCUGCCAACGACGCCGAUGAAGUACCUGCGAACGCUUUACCUGCCGAUUCUGAGACUCCGUGGUGA